AUGGCGUCGGUUGCUGCCUGGUUGCCGUUUGCUAGGGCAUCGGCGAUUGGGUGGGUUCCCAUUGCACAACACCCCCUUCCCCCACCGAUGGUAAAGACCGAACACAGAAGGGGGGAUGAGAAACUGUUCUUCAAUGUCAGUGGACGGAAAUUUGAAACCUGGCGAACCACCUUGGAGAAAUAUCCGGAUACUUUACUGGGCUCGAACGAGAGAGAGUUCUUUUAUGAUGAAGAAAUUAAGGAAUACUUUUUUGAUCGAGAUCCUGAUAUAUUUCGCCAUAUUCUCAACUACUAUAGAACUGGAAAAUUACAUUACCCUAAACAUGAAUGUAUCAGUGCAUACGACGAGGAAUUGGCAUUUUUUGGUAUCAUGCCUGAUCUUAUUGGAGACUGUUGCUUUGAAGAUUAUAAAGAUAGAAAAAGAGAGAAUUGUGAACGAUUAAUGGACGAUAAAGACUCUGAAGCCGGGGACACUAACCCAGCCGGAAAUUUACGCGAAAAAAUGUGGAGGGCAUUCGAAAACCCACAUAUAGGUACAACUGCAUUAGUCUUCUAUUACGUGACUGGCUUCUUUAUUGCUAUUUCUGUCAUAGCCAAUGUUAUAGAAACUGUUCCCUGUGGGGUGUUACCAGGUACAAGAGUCAACCCACCCUGUGGUGUACGUUUUCACGUAGCCUUUUUCUGUUUAGAUACAGCCUGUGUCAUGAUCUUUACGGCUGAGUACCUCCUAAGAGCCUAUGCCGCUCCAGAUAGAUGUAAAUUCAUGAGAAGUGUCAUGUCUAUCAUUGAUGUGGUCGCCAUUCUACCUUAUUACAUAGGCCUCGUCAUUACAGACAAUGAUGACGUUAGUGGCGCAUUCGUCACUCUCCGAGUAUUUCGUGUGUUCCGUAUUUUCAAAUUUUCCCGUCAUUCGCAAGGAUUACGUAUUUUGGGUUACACACUCAAGAGUUGUGCUAGUGAGCUCGGCUUUUUGCUCUUUUCGCUAACAAUGGCUAUUAUCAUAUUUGCUACAGUUAUGUUUUAUGCAGAAAAGAACGUUACUAACACUAAAUUUACAAGUAUUCCUGCAGCUUUUUGGUAUACUAUAGUCACCAUGACAACGUUAGGUUAUGGUGAUAUUGUACCUAAAACAAUAACUGGUAAAAUAGUCGGUGGCGUAUGUUCAUUAAGUGGUGUAUUAGUUAUAGCUCUUCCUGUUCCUGUUAUUGUCUCCAAUUUUAGUCGAAUUUACCACCAAAAUCAACGAGCUGAUAAACGCAAAGCUCAAAAGAAAGCACGAUUAGCUCGUAUUCGCUGGGCGAAAAAUGCGAGUGGUGCUGCCUUCCUCAAUAGUAAAAAACGUGCCGAGGAAAUGCUGUUAGCUCAAGAACAAGGUGUUGAAUUAGACGAUACUUUUAAAGAACAAGACAUCUUUGAAAUGCAACACCAUCAUUUAUUAAGUUGCCUCGAGAAGACGACGGUGAGUAUUUCAGGUUUUCAAUUAUGCUAUAAUAUUAAUGUAAAUCAUAUCUAUAAUCGAGUCGUGCCAUUAAGUCGUAACGUUGAAUCAUGUCGGUAUCAGGCAUCAGUAACUGACUUUAAAUAG